CUUGAAUCCGCUACAUUGUCUGACACACAUUCACAAACUUAGGAAAAUACACAGUGUGCUCUUUCUGUACAAUUUUUUGCAGUGAGACAGUCCUCUUGAGCUCAGAAAGAGCCGUUGUGUUAAAAGGGUGUUUGCCAACAAAAAGAGAAAGCACAUUUCUUGAAGUAAAUAAAGAGAAGAAGAAGAAGAGAAAACAAGAUUCAUAGAAUGGCAAGAGGAUUCAGUAUCAUAUUUGCAGCUUCUUUGCUCUUAGUGAUUCUUGGCAUUUGCCGAGCAAGCAGAGUUGGAAUUUGCUAUGGACGAAAUGCCGAUGAUCUUCCUACGCCUGAAAAAGCCGUGCAGCUCAUUCAAAUGCACAACAUUAAAUAUGUAAGGAUAUACGACUCAAAUAUCCAGGUCCUCAAGGCCUUUGCGAAUACUGGAAUUGAGCUUAUGAUUGGAAUUCCAAACUCAGAUUUGCUGGCGUUUUCUCAAUUCCAGUCUAAUGCCAAUACAUGGUUAAAAAACAGCAUACUUCCUUACUAUCCUGCCACGAAAAUCACUUACAUAACCGUUGGUGCUGAACUCUCGGAAGCUCCAAAUACUACAUCUGCUCUGGUGGUACCUGCAAUGCAAAAUGUGUUUACUGCUUUGAAAAAAGCUGGUCUUCAUAGGAGGAUUAAAGUUUCUAGUACUCAUUCAUUGGGCGUAUUAUCACGUUCAUUCCCACCUUCUGCAGGGGCAUUUAACAGUAGUCAUGCCUUUUUUCUAAAACCGAUGUUGGAAUUCCUUGCAGAGAAUCAGUCACCUUUUAUGAUUGACUUAUAUCCGUAUUACGCAUAUAGAGAUUCUUCUACCAAUGUGUCCCUAGACUAUGCUCUAUUUGAGGCAUCCUCUGAAGUGAUUGAUCCCAACACUGGUCUACUGUACACGAACAUGUUUGAUGCUCAGCUUGAUGCUAUUAACUAUGCUUUAAUGGCUUUAAAUUUUAAAACAGUUAAUAUCAUGGUCACCGAGUCAGGCUGGCCAUCUAAAGGAUCUCCAAAAGAGACAGCUGCAACUCCAGAUAAUGCGCAGACCUAUAACACAAAUUUGAUACGACAUGUUAUCAACAAUACUGGAACUCCUGCGAAGCCAGGAGGAGCAGUUGAUGUUUAUGUUUUCUCAUUGUUCAACGAGAACAGGAAGCCUGGUUUAGAAUCUGAGAGGAACUGGGGUUUAUUUUUCCCAGACCAGACAAGUGUUUAUAACCUUGAUUUUACUGGAAAGGGUGUUGUAGACACGACUGCAGGUGGAAACACUACAGGUUCAAAUGGAACAUGGUGCAUUGCUUCAUCUUCUGCAUCUGAACCUGAACUUCAGAAUGCCUUGAGUUGGGCUUGUGGUUCUGGAAAUGUAGAUUGCUCCGCGAUACAACCUAGCCAACCUUGUUUCGAGCCUGAUAACCUUGCAUCGCAUGCAUCUUAUGCAUUCAACAGUUACUACCAGCAAAAUGGUGCUACUGACAUUGCUUGCAGUUUCGGCGGAGUUGGCGUUAGAACAAACAAGAAUCCAAGUUAUGAUAACUGUCUCUAUGCGACGACUGGGGGUAAAAAAGCUAUAGCUAAUAAUACAACCGCUAGUCCUUCCAAGUCUUCAUCAUCAUCCCCUCAAAGGAGUUACCAGUGGUCUCAACAUCUACUUGUGGCUUUUCCUUUGUUCCUCCUGGUACCCUUCUGAACAUGUCUCAGAUGAAUAGAAGUUACCAGUGGUCUCAACAUCUACUUGUGGCUUUUCCUUUGUUCCUCCUGGUACCCUUCUGAACAUGUCUCAGAUGAAUAGAACGAUGACUAUUCCGGAAUCAAAAAAUGUAAAAGCAGGAUAAUGCAAGGGUGAUAUAAGUUUCCCUUGAGAAGGCUCAAAUGUGUUGGAGCCAAGGAUGCUUGGGUUAUUGAUGCAGAUAUCAUCAUUACUGCACAAAUGUUGUAUGAUAUCCAAGGUAGAGAUCCUUGUUAGAUGUGAAAUAGAAGAACUUUCCAGUCAUUCCAACUAUGGAAACAUUUGUAAUCCAUUUUGUGUUUGAUUGAUUGGCUAGCAAACUUGGUACUAAUUCAUUUUAGUCAAAUCUUUGUAAUGAAAUUUUCACAAUUUUUCUCAUGCAUCAGGAAAAGUUGGUCUGUUUUAGGUAUCUCGACUGUAUCUCAACAUUAAGUAAGUUGCCUACAUCUCACCCCUUUAGUACCAAGGUACAAAUGUUGUAUGAUAUCCAAGGUAGAGAUCCUUGUUAGAUGUGAAAUAGAAGAACUUUCCAGUCAUUCCAACUAUGGAAACAUUUGUAAUCCAUUUUGUGUUUGAUUGAUUGGCUAGCAAACUUGGUACUAAUUCAUUUUAGUCAAAUCUUUGUAAUGAAAUUUUCACAAUUUUUCUCAUGCAUCAGAAAAAGUUGGUCUGUUUUAGGUAUCUCGACUGUAUCUCAACAUUAAGUAAGUUGCCUACAUCUCACCCCUUUAGUACCAAGGUACAAAUGUUGUAUGAUAUCCAAGGUAGAGAUCCUUGUUAGAUGUGAAAUAGAAGAACUUUCCAGUCAUUCCAACUAUGGAAACAUUUGUAAUCCAUUUUGUGUUUGAUUGAUUGGCUAGCAAACUUGGUACUAAUUCAUUUUAGUCAAAUCUUUGUAAUGAAAUUUUCACAAUUUUUCUCA